AUGAACCAACAAAGUUUUGACGACGACAACAGCGCCUGGGAUUACUCAUUCCCGCCGCUGGAGGAGUCACUACCCAUGGAAUCCAACUCUGCUCUCCCCUCCAUCAGCUCCUACGAAGACAACACAAUCCCUGAUCCACAAAAGGACGAUACACCUUUCGCCUCCAUCCUGAUUGAACAGGUGAAGAAAGUCAACUCAGCCGCCCAAUCAGCCAGUUCUCUCCCACUUCUGUCACCGUUUCUCUCCAAAGCAGCACCUGCCGGCCCGCUCACCACCCGUGAAGAUGCUAGCCUGGUGAUGUCUCGGGAGAGCAACAAAAACGCUUUGGCUAGCCUCGAUUUGGGCCCUGAAGAUCAUGUAACCGAUGGCCUCCAGCGACUGGGCUCGACCAGGUGUACAGAGAACGCCGUCUCCUCGCCUAACACACCCAGGUCGCCCACGUUUCACGGCCUGCCUACGUUUGCGGAGUCUCCCAAGAUCAUCACCUACAGAAAGAGCAAGCGCACCACAAGUGAAUACAAUUUCCAGGACAUUUUGGACGCCGACGCGGCGGCAUCGGCCAGUCCUCGAGACAAGUAUGACCCUCGUUUGUACACAGAGGAGAAGUUCAUUGACUCGAUGUACCACUAUGCGUCAAUGAAGCGGAACACUGAUUUCCAUCAGUUGUUCCGGUCUCUAGACCUCACCGACCGGCUCCUAGACGAUUUUGCGUGUGCUCUUUCACGGGAAAUUCUUCUCCAGGGCCGGAUCUAUGUCAGUGAACAGUAUGUGUGUUUCAACUCCAGUUUGCUCGGAUGGGUGACAAACUUGGUGAUCAAACAGGAAGACAUUAUUCGGUUUGAAAAAAAGUCCACUGCCGGGAUCUUUCCCAACGGAAUCGCCAUUGUCACGAGGGACGGGAGACACAACUUCGCCAGCUUCAUCUCGCGUGACUCGACGUUCGACUUCAUGAAGACGGUGUGGGAAGGUGUUACGGGUCUCACAAUGGUGAUGGAGUCGGUGGACGAAGUAAAAGACUCCAGCUCGACCAGCAGCGUCGACAAGGACGACCACGGUGACAUAGACGACCAUAGCGAAAAUGCGGCGAACAUCGAGUCGUUCAUCAUGUCACUUGACGGUGAUGAUAGCGAGAAGGAACCUGAGCCUCGCAGUGAGAGCGUAGAGGCCCCAGAAGGAAAUGAGGUUUUGGUGAUGAAGUUCAAACCCGACUCCGGCUACACCAACCACGGACCCGACAUUUGUGCACCUACAAAGCUUCUGCCAGACGAAAUCGCUGAAGACCAUGAGAUAGAGUUGUACAAUGAUGUGAUUAAAGCCCCGAUGGGAGUAGUGUAUGAAAUUCUUUUUGGAAGCAAGGACGGGCAGUUUUUCCAGGAUUUUCUUGAGUCCCAGGAUUCGAGUGAGUUGACCGGCUUCGGGCAGUUUGUGGAUGGGCACCGGCAAUACUCGUACCGCAAGGCACUAGGGUACUCAAUUGGACCCAAAUCGACCACUUGUGAAGUGGAAGAAACCGUCCUUGUGCUCGACUGGCAUAAACGUAUCGUGGUAGAGACGGCCACCCGCACGCCCGAUGUGCCACUGGGAAACCUGUUCAGUGUUCGAAACAAGUACCGAAUGAGCUGGGACCUCAACGGCAAUACCCGACUUCAGGUGACGUACUGGAUCGAUUGGGUGGCCCGGUCGUGGAUCAAAGGGAUGAUCGAGAAGCUGACCAAGACAGGACAGGUGGAUUCGUGCACUUCAUUGGUGGGCCGGUUGAGCCAGGAGAUUCAAAACACUACGCAUAAGGCGGUGGCUCUGGCGGAUACGAUCGCAGCGGUGGUGGAGGAGACGGCGGCCGCCAGUACCACUGCCAGUAUCACCGCGGGCGUGAAAGAGUCCACGGUGGUGGGCUCCGAAAAAUUGGCGGUGUUGGUGCGCAUGCACGCGGUGGCGGUGGCGGUGGGGCUUGUGUCGAUGUUUGGGUUGAUACUAAUAAUGCAGCUCUACAUUAUAUGGCGACUAAACGCAUUGGAACAAAUCAUGCGGCAGCUUUCAUGACUGGAGGGUUGAUUUACGAAAGCCAAAACCGAGCCCAUUCCCACCACGAGGACUAGUUGGGUGCAUAUACGUUAACCUGAAACAUUGUUAAUCUUCACGGUGGCUAGAUAUGAAGAUAGUGGGUAGGAGCGCGGCGAAUCCCGGUUACAUGCAUACGGUUGCUGGUGCAUAGGAGUCAACAAUAACAAUACCCAAUUGGGGAACAUAUCGCAAAGGGGUCGUGCAAUCUUUACGACCGGGGUCCUAUAAUCUGCAUGUGUACCCAUUUUGCAGUAAUUUGUACCCUAGUUGAAACAAGUAUUUUAUACCCCUAUGGAAAUCUAGUUUAUGUCAAAACCCGGGCCAGUCCCCGGUACACACAUGCCACUAGGCCUGUGUAUGCUUACAUGCCAACUUCGGCCUGUUCCAUCUGCAUAGGAAAUAAUCUGAAACCAUUUGCGCUCUGUUAUUGUUCCGAAUCGUGCGAGACGCAUGUACAUGAUUAUACAUCUCCA